GAAGGAGAGGGAGGGGCCGAGGGACGAAGCGGGUGGGGGCUGGCUCCGCAGCAGCCGCCGCGGCUCCAGCCGCCCGCUCGCUCGCUCGCUCAGUCGCUCCCGGUGCCCGCUGCCCGCCGCCCGGCUCCCGGCUGCUCGCGGCCCCCUGCUCCUGCCUGGCGCUCUGGCCAGGCUCGGGCUCCGGAGGACAGGACCGCGCGACUGGCCGGCCGAUCCCUGGGCCGGCCGCGGGAGCAGGGCCCGGGAUGGUGCUCUCCCUGACGGGGCUCAUUGCCUUCUCCUUCCUGCAAGCCACCCUUGCCCUGAACCCCGAGGACCCCAACGUGUGCAGCCACUGGGAGAGCUAUGCUGUGACUGUCCAGGAAUCGUAUGCACACCCCUUCGAUCAGAUCUAUUACACACGAUGUACAGACAUCCUCAACUGGUUCAAGUGCACCAGGCACCGGAUCAGUUAUAAGACGGCGUAUCGGAGAGGCCUCCGGACCAUGUACCGGCGGAGGUCCCAGUGCUGCCCUGGCUACUAUGAGAACGGAGACUUCUGCAUACCCCUGUGUACAGAGGAGUGUGUGCACGGCCGCUGCGUUUCCCCGGACACCUGCCACUGCGAGCCUGGCUGGGGAGGGCCCGACUGCUCCAGCGGCUGCGACAGCGACCACUGGGGGCCCCACUGCAGCAACCGGUGCCAGUGCCAGAACGGCGCCCUGUGUAACCCCAUCACAGGCGCCUGCGUGUGCGCCGCCGGCUUCCGUGGAUGGCGCUGCGAGGAGCUCUGCGCGCCUGGCACCCACGGCAAGGGAUGCCAGCUGCCGUGCCAGUGCCGACACGGUGCCAGCUGCGACCCCCGCACCGGCGAGUGCCUCUGCGCACCUGGCUACACCGGCGUCUACUGCGAGGAGCUGUGCCCUCCUGGGAGCCAUGGAGCUCACUGUGAGCUGCGCUGCCCCUGUCAGAAUGGGGGCACCUGCCACCACAUCACUGGCGAGUGUGCCUGCCCCCCAGGCUGGACGGGAGCAGUGUGUGCCCAGCCCUGCCCACCAGGGACAUUUGGCCAGAACUGCAGCCAGGAUUGUCCUUGCCACCAUGGAGGGCAGUGUGACCACGUGACUGGACAGUGCCACUGUACAGCUGGAUACAUGGGGGACAGGUGCCAAGAAGAGUGCCCCUUCGGGUCCUUCGGCUUCCAGUGCUCACAGCGCUGUGACUGCCACAAUGGGGGGCAGUGUUCACCCACCACGGGUGCCUGCGAGUGUGAGCCUGGCUACAAGGGCCCACGCUGCCAGGAGCGACUGUGCCCGGAGGGCCUGCAUGGCCCAGGCUGCACCCUGCCCUGCCCCUGUGACACUGACAACACCAUCAGCUGCCACCCAGUAACUGGAGCUUGUACCUGCCAGCCAGGCUGGUCUGGUCACCACUGCAAUGAAUCCUGCCCUGUUGGCUACUAUGGCGAUGGCUGCCAGCUGCCUUGCACCUGUCAGAAUGGCGCCGACUGCCACAGCAUCACUGGGGGCUGCACUUGUGCUCCGGGCUUCAUGGGAGAGGUCUGUGCCGUUUCCUGUGCAGCAGGGACCUAUGGCCCCAACUGCUCGUCCAUCUGUAGCUGUAACAAUGGUGGCACCUGCUCCCCAGUAGAUGGCUCCUGUACCUGCAAGGAAGGGUGGCAGGGCCUGGACUGCACCCUGCCAUGUCCCAGUGGGACAUGGGGCCUGAACUGCAACGAGAGCUGCACCUGUGCCAAUGGGGCAGCCUGCAGCCCCAUAGACGGCUCCUGCUCCUGCACUCCUGGCUGGCUGGGAGACACCUGUGAGCUGCCUUGCCCGGAUGGCACAUUUGGGCUGAACUGCAGUGAACACUGUGACUGCAGCCAUGCUGAUGGAUGUGACCCCGUCACAGGCCACUGCUGCUGCCUGGCUGGAUGGACAGGCAUCCACUGUGACAGCACGUGUCCACCUGGCCGCUGGGGCCCCAACUGCUCUGUCUCCUGCAGCUGUGAGAAUGGAGGCUCCUGCUCCCCAGAGGAUGGGAGCUGCGAGUGUGCCCCUGGCUUCCGAGGACCCUUAUGCCAGAGAAUCUGCCCCCCUGGGUUCUAUGGCCACGGCUGCGCCCAGCCAUGCCCCCUCUGCGUGCACAGCAGCGGGCCCUGCCACCACAUCAGCGGCAUCUGUGAGUGCCUCCCAGGAUUCUCUGGAGCUCUCUGCAACCAAGUGUGUGCUGGAGGAUACUUUGGGCAGGACUGUGCCCAGCUCUGCUCCUGUGCCAACAACGGGACCUGCAGCCCUAUCGAUGGCUCCUGCCAGUGCUUUCCUGGAUGGAUUGGCAAGGACUGCUCACAGGCUUGCCCACCCGGGUUCUGGGGCCCCGCCUGCUUCCACGCAUGCAGCUGCCACAACGGGGCGAGCUGCAGCGCCGAGGACGGGGCCUGCCACUGCACCCCUGGCUGGACUGGACUCUUCUGCACACAGCGCUGCCCAGCAGCAUUUUUUGGGAAGGACUGUGGGCGCGUAUGCCAGUGUCAGAAUGGCGCCAGCUGUGACCACAUCAGUGGCAAGUGCACCUGCCGCACAGGCUUCACCGGGCAACACUGUGAGCAGAGAUGUGCCCCAGGAACCUUUGGCUAUGGGUGUCAGCAGCUAUGUGAGUGCAUGAACAACUCCACCUGUGACCAUGUCACCGGCACCUGUUACUGCAGCCCUGGCUUCAAAGGAAUCAGGUGUGACCAAGCUGCCCUCAUGAUGGAGGAGCUGAAUCCCUACACCAAGAUCAGCCCAGCACUGGGUGCAGAGCGGCACUCGGUGGGUGCUGUCACAGGCAUCAUGCUCCUGUUAUUCCUCAUUGUGGUGCUGCUGGGCCUAUUUGCCUGGCAUCGGCGGCGGCAGAAAGAGAAAGGCCGAGACCUGGCUCCCCGUGUCUCCUACACACCUGCCAUGAGGAUGACCAGCACCGACUACUCCCUCUCAGAUUUGUCUCAAAGUAGCAGCCAUGCCCACUGCUUUUCCAAUUCCAGCUACCACGCACUGGCAUGUGGGGGGCCUGCCACCAGCCAGGCCAGCACUCUGGACAGGAACAGCCCCACUAAGGGCCAGCUUGGCUCAAGCUACCCCAGGAGGCCUGGGAACCCUACAACAGCUGGGGUGGGGUAUGUUCUAUUCCCACUGGCAUCAACCACACCAUGGUGGCCUGUCAUGGAACACCUAGCUCGCCCUUUCUCUCAACGGCCUAGGACCCAGCUCAGUAACAAGUCCCUUGACAGAGACACGGCAGGCUGGACCCCCUACAGCUAUGUGAACGUGUUAGACUCCCAUUUCCAGAUCAGUGCCCUGGAGGCCAGGUACCCGCCCGAGGACUUCUACAUUGAACUUAGACACCUCAGCCGCCCCGCUGAGCCACACUCACCAGGUGCUUGUGGAAUGGAUAGACGUCAGAACACAUACAUUAUGGACAAAGGCUUCAAAGAUUACAUGAAAGAAUCCGUGUGCAGUUCUAGUACUUGUUCCUUGAAUAGCAGUGAAAACCCUUACGCCACAAUUAAGGACCCACCCAUCCUCACCUGCAAGCUUCCAGAAAGCAGCUAUGUAGAAAUGAAGUCGCCUGUGCACAUGGGGUCUCCGUACACAGAUGUGCCAUCCUUGUCGACAUCUAAUAAAAAUAUAUAUGAAGUUGAGCCCACAGUCAGUGUGGUCCAAGAAGGUUGCGGUCAUAACUCCAGCUAUAUCCAGAAUGCAUACGACCUACCUAGGAACAGCCAUAUUCCUGGUCAUUAUGACCUCCUCCCAGUAAGACAGAGCCCUGCCAAUGGGCCAUCCCAGGACAAGCAAUCUUAAGAGGGAUAAGCUUCUCUCUUGCAGUGUGCUCUACUGAAUAUUCUGACUCUGAAAGAAGACAGUCCCUUGACUUGAAGUAAUGGUACAGACUGGCUCCAGCUGCAUGUUAGUUAUUACGUUCACCUGGAACUAAAGAAGAGCGUCCAGGUGGGACUGGGAUAAUUGUUCAAGGAAUUGUGUUCUCAAAGGCAAAUCCUAUCACCCACUCAGCCCCAAAUGCCCGGGAUUAUAUGAUUUUUAAAACAUUUUAAGAUACAGCUACUCAUCAACAUCAGCUAAAUAUAGCUGAUAUAUAUAUAUAUUUAUCUGAAACGUGAUAUUUUAAAAACAUGUAGGUUUAACAAACCUUCCUAGGACAAAAAGGAGACUGGGGAGGGAAGAGGAUUACUUUAAAGCACCUGAAACGUAUAUGUACUCUUGGUUGCUGUUACCAUCAACAUCUGUUUUAUUACCGAAGACAAUUAGUACACAGACAUGAACUGUUCUUAAACAGAACAGUCUUAAAAUGUCUGUACAUAUCUGUCUGGUCCAUCAAAUUACAACAGCCAAGAUUACAGAAUCUAUAUAGUCUAAUGCUGACAACUUCUAUUUUAAAAAACAAGACUUUACUUUCUUCUGCCCCCUAAGUGAUAGGUUUAAACACACAGAGACGCACACACACGUUUCCAAAGUGCAGCAGUGUCUCUUUCAGUCUACAAUAAGAUUCCUAGGGCAGCUUUAUCAAAUUUUGCCAAUUCAAAGUUCAAGGACAUUACAAGUUAGUCCUGGCUUUGUCAUAUCUACUUAGUCCAUCCAACACCUGAAUCAUUCCAUGUAAAACAGAGCUCUAAGAUGAUCCUUUAAGCAAGCAGUCAUAGACUGGUCAGGAUUAAGUAAAAGACGGCUAGUUGGCCUCCUCAUUUUAUUUGGUCAGCAUCCCUUGACUCAAAAGAGUACUUGCUUUCAAGUUCUUCAUAAAUCUUGAGAUUGACGUAGUAUGAAACCUAAAAGUAUACAGGAAAUUGGACAAAUGUGGAUACAGCAAGUUUACACUGCUUAAAGUACAUUAUGCUUUUUGAUGGAACUAAAUGAUCCAAAAAAGAAUGGACUGUAACCAGUUGCUGUAAUGUGAUGUAAAAAUGUUACUGUAAACAGCAUGAGGAUAUGAAGUCCUUCCACCUUCUGUCUUAAAACUACUACUUACUGAGCUAGCCCAAUAUGCAUUACAAUGAGCUAAUGCUCCAGAUCCCAGUAUUCAGAUGUGUCUAUACCUUCCACUAUGAACACAGAUAAACUGAGGCUCAGAUAAGUCCAAAUGAAAGGAAAUCAACUCCCAAGCCCUAAAGAGAACCUUCUCACAAGAAUUAAAAACAAAAAGGGCAAACCUAGGAAGCUAACGGCUACUCCUGUACCACUCUAUUCACUGGUACAGUCCAGCCAGUAAAAAACACUUCCAAAAAGAUACACAGAAGAGGAACUAAAUGACUGCGAAGCUGGAAUACUGCUACAGGAAGUAUGAGAGUUCUGAAACCCUUGAUAGAAAUUGGAAGCCUGCCAUUGGAACACAAUACUUUGGGCAAUAAUCAGAAAAAGCAAAAAAAUAAAUAAAUGAGUACAUCUCCCCUUCCCACAUCACUCAAGGCAUAAGCAGAUUUUACUGUUAGAGGAAAAUAUGUAAUACUUACAUGAAUGUUGCAUGUGUGCAUGGGAGCAACUGAUUAGCAAUAGUAAAUUUACUUUCCAAAAAAGCCUUAUUAAAAUAUAAAUAUUAGAAAAUUACUUUGGAGACCCAAGUAAAUAUUUCUCAUACAUAUGUAGAAAGAAAUAUAGGUAAGCAGCUUACCUCAGUAUUUCAGGGCAGCAAGUGUUUGUGAAGCAAGGAUGAGCAGCAUGAAGAUGUCAGAUCAGCAAGGAGAAACUUCAACUCAAUCCCAGGUUUUCUCUUCUUCCCAUAUCCUGCAUGUACAAUAACUGCUGCCUGGCAAACUGCAAACAAGCAGCAUCACUCAAGUUUGAAGUUUCGCCCCUUUUGUCAACUAUCCUCUGGGCAAAGGUAUUCAGCAAGAGGUGGAAUGGCUAGGCACUGAAUCAAGAGAUUUCAGUGUUACUCUGGUCAAGUUAGUUGCCCUCUCUGGGCUCCCUUUUUUUCUAUGCAUAAAAAGGGGAGAAGCAGAGAGUGGGAAGACAGCUCUACUAACCCUUCAGCUCUAGCAUUCCAUGACUUUUUAAGGAAAUGUAAUACAAGUCAAACCAGGCAAUACAGAGGAGAAGGGAAAGGCAGAGGGUGUGAUUAUGGUGACAAUAGCUGCCUUCCCCUAUCGAACAGUUAUCAGUAAAAGACAUUUCAAUCUUACAAAGCAACUGUUAGAAACUUCUGUCUAACACCAUCACGAAUAGGUUCAUGGUCAGCCUAAACAUGUAUACUGUGCAUUUUAUGGGUGACUUUGAAAGAUCUGUUCAAUUAUUUUUCAGAAACUAAAUUUUCAAAAAAUUAAUAUGUGUACAAUUAAAAUGAAUGAAAGAAAAACCAUUAUUGUACAGAGAGGUAUUAAUGAGACUAUGAAAUGGCAAUACUUUUUUAAAUCACAGAUUUGUAAUAUAUGUUCACUGUGCAGAGGGAUUGUACCUUGUACAAAAUAAAACAAAUUUCUCAAACUAA